CUCAGAGCAGUCUACGAGCUGCGCUGUAAUGACAGCUCAAACCUGUCCACGUCAACACAGGAACAGCACUAUGGACUCCGGAGCUCUGGAACCGUCGCUAUACACAGUGAAAGCCGUGUUCAUUUUGGACAACGAUGGGAACAGACUUCUAUCCAAGUACUACGACCCCGAGUUUUACCCGUCGAUGAAAGAACAGAGGAGUUUUGAGAAGAACGUCUUCAACAAGACCCACAAAGCGGAUAAUGAGAUAGCCUUCUUGGAGGGGAUGACCAUCGUCUACAAGAGCAGCAUUGACUUGUUCUUCUACGUGGUUGGCAGCGCUCAGGAGAAUGAGCUCAUGCUGAUGGCAGUCCUCAAUUGUCUGUUCGAGUCACUCAGCCAAAUCUUAAGGAAGAAUGUGGAGAGGAGGUGUCUGCUGGACAACAUGGACGGCGUCUUCCUAGUGGUGGAUGAGAUCAUCGAUGGCGGGGUGAUCUUGGAGAGUGACCCUCAGCAGGUUCUGGAGAAGGUCAACUACAGGGCGGAUGACAACCCUCUGUCGGAACAGAGUGUGGCACAGCACCUAACAGAAAAGCUGGCUCUCACUACCACUGUGUUGCAGUCAGCGAAGGACCAGAUCAAAUGGUCGAUACUAAAAUGAGCAAUUAUUGCCGGCCAAGAAGCGGAUAUUCCAUUGGAUUUGAAGGAGAAUUGUGUGCUAUGCAGCUUACCGGCCUACGUUGUCUGUGGCAUUUGUGUAAAUAAGGCUAUAUGGAAUAAGGCUUUAAUGUUACGUUCUUUGUAUAUAAUAAUAUAUUUAUUUGCGGUAUCGUGGAUUAUUGUUGAUCUGCACAGUUACAAGGGCAGGCCCAAUGUGGUCCGCGUUUGAAAGCCAUUCGAGUCGGUACAUAAAGAGCGUUGAAAUUCAGCGUAUUUAAGAAAAGUUAAGGCUGUUUUCAAGCCUAGUUUGAGUAUUAUGUGAAAUAUUGUCCAUGCCCAAUUGUGAGGAAACCCGUCAAGGCUAUCAGCUAUUCCCGUUAAACAGUUAUCCUCUUAAUUUAUUUCACAAUGUAUUACGCAAUACAUUAGGCUAUUUUAAAUGUUUUAUUCUAGAAUUGAAGCACUUCUGUAACCCUCUGUGGUAGAUAGGCAUUACAUGAAAUGUGUGCUAUGUUUUGUAUGUGGUCUACCGACCGUCGCUAUUUAGGGUUCCAGUCAAACACCAAAGAGGGACGUUGGCAUGUUUGGAGUAAAGGGAUAGACCAUGUUAUGAUAUCAUGGUUGUUUUGAAUUCUCACUUUGUAUAGUGCAUUAGGCCAAGAUCACUGCCAACCACCAAUUCAUCUGACUACUUUUGUGUUUUACUUCUGACAAUAUGCAUACAAACAUACAUUAAUCCUAUAUUGGUAUAAUAGAAACAAAGACAAUGCUGUCCAUGUUACUGACGUGAGGGAUUCUGUGUUUUGUACAUCAUACGCUUUGAAAUAAUAAAACUGGUGAAUGUGUCA